GUCGUCGCGGCGGCGCCGCCGACCGCCAAAACCGGGCAGCCUCGCACAAAGGCGGCAGCCCGCGCCAUGAAGGGCUCCAACUCGCCCAAGUCGCGCCGGCCGCCCAAGUCGCCGACGAGCGGCGUGAGCUUCGGGCGCGGCGAGACGCCGUCGUCGCCGAGCGUGCGCUUCCGCGACGAGACGCAGGCGUCGCUCGAGGAGCCCGGCGGCGGCCUGAACAUCCGGAGCGCCGGCGGCGGGGCGCCCGGCGCGCUCCGGAGCUCGCUGAAAAAACGGGCGUCGCCCAAGGAGGCGCAGCUGCGGCCCGCGCGGCGCGCGUCCGUCGUCGCCGUCGACGACCAGUCGUCGCUGCCGGGCGUGCCGGACCGCGCCGAGGAGGUCCGCGCGUGGUCGCCGGGGGUCCCGGUUCGCUUCUCGGGCUCGGACAUGAAGAGCCUGAAGAAAGAGCCCGUACCGGACCUCGCGCGCGAGAAGCCCGCGGCGGAGCGCUUCGCGACGACGGCGAACAUGGCGAACUUGAUCAAGCUCGGCAUCGGGAAGUUCGGGAGCAGCUCGGGCUCGCGGCGGCCGUCGGGCGUGUCCGAGUUCGCCGAGGAGGACGAGGAGGAAGAGGAGGACGACGACUCCGAGGAGCUGCGGAAAUCGACGCGGCGCGGGAGCUCCUUCCGCGGGUCGAAGAAGAAGCUGUCGUUCUCGGCGCUCGCGCGGCGCUCCGCGGCGCGGUCCUCCGCGCGCGAAGCGGACCGGCUCCGCGCGGAGUCGUCGAUCCGCGACGCGGAGCGGCGGACCCAGGUGCGGAACCUCGAGGCCGUGGAAGCCUUGGGCGUGGGCGCGGGCGACUACCGCCAGGACGGCGACCUCGCGGCCUACACGCCCGAGGCGCUGACGAGGCGCCAGCGGCUGCGCCACGACGCGGACGUGCUCCGGCUCAUGGGCGCGUUCUUCGACGCGCUCUCCGAGACCUUCGAGAAGGUGGAGAAGCACGCGGGCAAGUUCACCGUAUUCCUCAACAAGGGCAAGCACGAGGCGGAGAAGCGCCGCGAGGAGAAGGCGGCCGACGCCGUCGCCGCGGCGACGGUCCGCGAGGUGUUGCGCGAAGACGACUCGUCGGCGCCGGCGCCGGCGCCGGACCCCUUGGUCGCCGAGGGCGUCGCGCGCGCGACGUCCGCGGGGGGCUACGAGGAGCUCGUGCCGCGGGAGACCCUGUUCGACUUCGAGGUGGCCAUGUGCAAGGCGCUCUUCGAUCCGUUGGACUUCGACCUCGCGGAGGUCCGGCGCACGGUCGACGACGAGCUCCGCAACGAUUUCGGGGAUGCGGUCACCGUGGGGCGGGAGGCCUUCUACGACUCCCUCUUCGAGACCGUGGACGUCUGGGCCGAGACGUGCGAGGCCGCGGAAUACGCGUCGCUGCUGGAAGAUCUGCACGCGCGCGUCGUCGAGGGCCUGAGCCUCAAGACGCAGGAGCGCAAGGACCGGGAGGCGCUGCGCGCGCUGGUCGCGCCGGCCCUCGAGCGCGAGCGGCCGACCCUCGGCGGCGCGCUGUCGGAGAGCGACGUCGAACGGCCCGAGUCGAAGUGGGGCCUGAGCCGCGACGCGUCGCUGGCGUCGACGGCGGCGGGCGCCCUCGAGGAGGAGGACACGCACAGCGCGGCGUCGCGGUCCUUUGUCCGGAACUCCUUCGAGGCGGGCGACGCCGCGCCGCCGCGCGCGGGCCGCGGCUCGGACGCGGCGACGAUCGCUUCCGACCUCCGCGCGUCCGUCGUCAACGUCGAGAUGGGCUUCGUGCCGACGGCGCCGCCGUCGGAGCGGGCGGACCUGCGGGGGAAGCUCCACGGCGAGGCCGCGCGGCGCGUCCGCGAGCUCGGGCGCCUGCUGGAGCUCGUGCGGGCCACGCAGGCGCGGUUCCGCGGCGUCGUCUUCCGCCGGUUCCGCCGGCGCUGGAUCCGCAAGCUGCGGCGGCGGCCGAAGGCGCGGCCGCCCGUGCGCGACAGCGACACGUGCCCCGAGGAUCUCAAGGGUCUCUUGAGCGUGCGGAACGUGCCGAAGCCGCUGGACCCGCGGGCGCCGCCGGAGCUCGCCGCGGCGAUGUCCCGCGUGCUCGUCUUCGCGGCGAUGCGCGAGGCGCUCGCCGCCGGGGGCUGGGCGCGGCCCCUGGGCUGGCAGAUGGAUGUGGCGAGCGGCGGCGACGUGGCCGACUGGGCGCUCUUCGACGACGCGACGACGCUCGCGAGCUCCGCGGCGCCCGCGGGCGCCGCGACGGCGGAGGCCUGCGAGCUCCUCGACGGCGUGCUCCGCCGGCUCGGCCGGCGCGUCGACUGCCGCUUCGAUGUCUUGGCCUCCUGGGGGCUGCGGGUCCUGGCGGACCGGCGCUGCCCGGCGAUCGUCGAACGGGGCGACGAGCCCCGGCUCACGUACCCCUGCGGCGUCGUCGGCGUCGGCGGCGUCGACGUGCGCCACGGCUACGAGUUCCUGGCGACGCUCGCCGCGGCGGAGCACGCGUCGACGAAGCAGUCCUACCUCUUCCGCGGGCUCACGCCGUUCGCGCGCGCCGUGCUCCCGAAGGAAUUCGAGACCGCGCAGCGUUUAGGCGAGCUCAGCAAACCGUCGACGGAGGGCGACUCCCUCGGCCUCUUCCGCGGCCUCGAGGGGACGUCCGUGUCGUCGCCGCAGCCGUCGCUCGAGCUCGAGGACGCCAUCCUGCGGACCGCGGACGACGCGCUCGCCGAGGCGCGGGGCGCGCUGGAGGGCACGGUCGGCGACACCGCGGUCCGCGAGCUCUUCUCCCACGACCCGUCGGCGCCCCGGGGCGUCGUCGUGACCUUCGCCUGCUGCGACGACGACGACCUCGCCGCGGGCCUCGUCGCGGACGUCGAGGGGGGGCUCUUCGCGCCCGCCAGGGCAGCACAAGAGAGCGAAAUUCCCAACUUCAAAGGCUCAUAUCUCGGCCAUUUUCCACUCGCGCCCGCGUCCGGGCUCCCGCCGCCGUCGCGCGGCGACCGCGCGGCGCUGCGGCGCGUCGCGCGCGCGCCGCCGGACGAGCUCCUCGGACGUUUGGCCGACUUUUUGCAGACCUACCGCGAGGACCGGAGCGUCGCGUCGGCGCCCGUGGAGGGCGAGCUGAGCCUGCCGCGCGCGAUCCGCGCGACGGCGCGCCUCAACGAGACGCUCGCGACGUCCGCGACGUCGGCCAAGGCCGCCAUCGAGGCGCUGGGGGGCUUGAAGGCGCGGCGCGACGCCGAGGAGCGCAAGCUCCGGGUCUACGAGCGCCGGCUGCACAAGGCGCCGCCGGAGGUCGUCGUCGCGCACUCGCCGACGCCCCUGGUGAAGCUCAACGAGCUCCUGGACACGUCCGUCGACGCGACCUUCGCGACCUUCGAGACGCGGCGCGUCAACUGGAGCGAGCAGCUGGAGCUCGGGCGCGUGUCGCCGACGUCGCGGACGCGCCUCUUCCGCGAGGGCGGCUCGAAGCCGGGCACGGCGCACUCGUUCGACUCCGAGUACCGCGGCAGCUCGGCCUACUCCGUGUCCCAGUACCGGCUCGACACGGCGCCGGGCGAGCCGACGGCGAGCCCGCCGAGCCGCCGCCUCGACUCGCCGCGCGCGCGGAGGCCGCCCCGGCCCCGGACGAAGCUCGAGAUCGCGCUCGCCGUCGACCCGAAGCUCGUCGAGCCCGUGAAGACGCUCAGCCGCGUCCCGACGACGCCCGCGAGCCCGCGGGGGGGCGUGCCCGGCGGUACGGCGACGGCCAUCGUCCCAGAUGCGGGGUCCGACGGCGAGACCUGCAGCUGGUGCAAGCUCGUGGGCGUCCAGGACGUCGAGCGCACGAAGCUCACCUACUGCCGCCCCUGCUGGCGCGCGCGGCGGGUCUGCGUGAACUACUGCUCGCGGCGGUGCCAGGCGGACGCGUGGCGCGCGGGCCACAAGGUCGAGUGCGCGUCGACAAGCUGGUCGCCCGCGCAGCACGGCAAGCACGACCCCGUCGUCCGCGCGUACGUCGCGCGGCUCACGAACGACGUCAUGGUCCGCACGCUCAUGUGGCGGCGCGAGCCGAGCUACGCGAAGCGGCUCUACCUGAACCGCGUCCUGCCCUACCUCCUGACCUACGACGCCGACGUGCCGCGGGGCUGGGCCCCGGAGCCGCGGCUCUUCCGGCCGGAGCUGCGCACCUACGUGUCGCGGCUCACGAACGAGGUCGCCUGCUACCUCCUCAUGUUCCGCCGCGAGCGCCGCGUCGCCCGCGUCGUGGCGGCCAAGGCCGAGGCCUGGAUGGAGACCCACAAGCAGUCGCGGUCGGCGCCGCGCGCGCCGCGGUCGGACCCGCCCGUGACCGCCGCGGAGGCGUUCUCGGCCAAGAGCGUCGUGAUGUCGCCCGAGGACGUCGCCGCAUGGAAGGCCGAGGCCUGGUUCAAAACGCUCAAGGCGUCGAAGAAGGAGAAGCAGCUCGCGAGCCACAAGGCCUUCUUCGCCGAGCUCUCCUUCGGCGCCGCGGCCGCGGCGUCGACGGACGCGCUCUUCCCCGGCCUCGGCGAGCCGGCGGCCCCGAAGACGACGCCCGCCCGGUCCCUCGCCGAGUAGGCCGCCGCAGCAUCCCACGCUUCCCCAUGCCCCCGACCCCCGCGCGCGCCCCGCGGCGGUCUCGACGACCGCCGCGGACGAGCCGCCGCGCGCUUCCGCCCCUGUAUAAAGCUUCGAUCGCG